AUGCAUCAUGACAUUCGCUGCCCGUUGCAUAUUUACUACGAUGAGCAUGAACUCAAUGCUAAUCAACUUAUAUCUAUUAGUCAAAUUCAACCCAAAUUCGAACUCGAACUCUACAAUGAUGUUGGGGAAAGUCGAAACUUUGUUUUCCAACCAAACCGAGAUUUACUAAAAACUUCUGCUAAGGAUGAAAUACCAUGUCAUUUUGAGGGUAUAAGCAGUACCGGUGAACACAGUGCUAUGAGUACUUGUUCGAUAUCACUCUUUGGGGGACUAUUCACGAUAAAUGGUCGACGAUUUGUGCUAGAAGCGAAUUCAAAUGCAUCAUUCCAUUUUGUUUCACUGUCUGAUCAUUCUUGCGAUUGGGGAUCGAGAAAUAAGCGUUCUAUUGGUGGAUCUCAUACAGCUGAAUAUUAUGCUCAGUAUUUGGAUGAACGUUGGCGUUACGUGGAGUUAGCACUUAUUGCAGAUAAAUUAGUGUUCGAGAAACAUCAUAACAAUGUAACCGAAGUUACGCAAAAACUUAACGCCAUCACCAAUUAUAUCAAUUCGUUAUACCUACCGAUUAACAUUCGAGUGGUUCUUGUUUGGGCUGAUGUAUGGACAAAUGAUAAUCCAGUAGACAUUACGUCAAAUUCUGAUACGACAUUAUGGAAUUUUUUGAACUGGCGAAAAGGAUUGUUGAAGGAUCAUCCACACGAUAAUGCGCAUUUACUUACUGGAGUUGUAUUCGAAAACAAUAUUGUCGGAAAAGCUUUCAAAGGUACGAUGUGUUCUUAUGAUUUUUCGGGUGGGGUCGACAUGGAACAUAGUGAUCAGGCUGCAUUAGUUGCUGCAACUAUUGCUCAUGAAAUGGGACAUAAUUUCGGAAUGGAGCAUGAUAUCGAUGAAGUAGAAUGCCGUUGUCCAGCCAAAUCAUGUAUUAUGUCACCAGCUACUGGCAUUACGCGUCCAACAUUCUGGUCAGAAUGCAGUAUGCGUGCCUUACAACACAGUUUUUCGCGUGGAGUGGAUUAUUGUUUACGCAAUUCUCCUAAGAGUGUAUUUGGUGGUGCACGUUGUGGCAAUGGAAUUUUAGAAACUGGUGAAGAAUGUGACUGUGGAACACCGAAUUCUUGUAUCAACAAAUGUUGUAAUCCUGUAACGUGCCAACUAGCGGAAGCAGCUACCUGCGCCAAUGGUGAAUGUUGUGAUUUGAAUACCUGUCAGAUGUUUCCAGCCACUACCGUUUGUCGUCAAGCGACCAACGAAUGUGAUUUACCAGAAUACUGUGAUGGACAAAUGGAACACUGUCCAGCAGAUUUCUUUGUGCAGGAUGGUCAUGAAUGUCCAAAUCAUGUUGAUGAUUACUGCUAUAAUGGUUAUUGCGGAAGCCGUGAUGCCCAAUGUCGUCAUAUUUGGGGACCAACUGGGAGAAACGCAGCACCAGCAUGUUACGAUUUGAAUGUAUAUGGGAGCAGUGGUGGAAAUUGUGGCUUUCUACAUGAGACUAGUCGUUUUGUGCCAUGUGAUAAAAAUGAUAUUAAAUGUGGACGAUUACACUGUAUCCAUGAAAAUGAGAAACUGGCAUUUGGUGAUCCGUCAACAGUUUACACAGCAUAUACUGGUUUACGGUUGAGAAGUGGUGAAAAUGUAGCAUGUAGAGUGGUUUGGACAAAAUAUACGAGCGGUCGAAAAGAAAUUGACCCUGGGAUGGUUCCGGAUGGUGCGUUCUGUGGUUUGGAUGAGAUGUGCGUUGACGCAAAAUGUCAAAAUCGAACCGCAAAAGUACUUAUGGCACCUAAAUGUGAACCAGUGUCGUGUAAUAAUGCAGGAAUCUGUAAUAAUAUGGGUAAUUGUCACUGUGAACCAGGUUACGGUGGGCCGUCUUGUGCUAUCCCCGGUCCUGGUGGGUCAGUAAAUAGCGGUCCUGCUGUUGAAGGCGGUGUCGUUCAUGUAGGUUUUGUGGUAUUUUGGCUUCUUCUGAUACUGACUAUUGCGUUUAUUGGCAUUUCAAUUGUCGUGAAACGAAAAAGAAACUUCUGGCUCCAUAAAGAAAUUUGGGAAAAAUUGAAAAAAGCGUUGAAGAUUGAGAAGCUUUUGGUACCAAUUCGGAAGGCGCCGCCACCUCCACGAUCGAGUGCUAUACGUACAACUGACCUGAACUCAAUAUGGGGUGAUACUGCAUCAGAUGCUUUACAUGUGGGCAACUGUCAACAACCGCUUCCACCCAGUAUCAGUCCACCAGUUGCUCCAUCCAGUACUUUGAAUUUAUUACCGAUGAAACCAACUGUUAUUGCACAUUUUAAUUCGAUGAGACCGACCACUGCUCCUCCUAAAAUACCACAACGACCACGAAGUGAGGCUUUACAAGCGCUGUAUGCAGAAAAAGGUAAUGAACUCAAUAUGAAUCUAACUGAGCGAAGUUCACCGAUGUACCACAUUCUACCGGAAACUAAUGCCGUAAAAAUGGCGAGGACAGAAAGUUUUAGGCCCAUGCAGUCACCACCACCACCACCACCUCAUCAUAGCCAGGUAUUGGCUGCAAAUAACAGUGCACCCCAUAUUAAAGGUGGAUCAAUGUUGGCUGCGAAAUCUUCAAAUGUAAAGGAUAUUGCCGCACGUUUUGAUCAAAAGACGUCUCAAGUAUCCACUAAAUUUGUCUGA